AUGACCAGGGAAAUGACCAUAAAUCAGCACGACACACAACUCAAACUGAAGAUCUUCGAAAAACCGUCGAAACAACGCCCAAGGAGCUCUCCAAGAAGCGAAGUACUGUGUGAGGAUGUAGUUGACGAAGACCUUAUUUCCAUCCUGACCACGAAAACCGAGAACGGCACACAAACGAAAGUUGCUCGAAAAAAAGGAUUGAUCAAGUCUCAAUAUGGCAUACUUCAAAGAAAUACUAAAUCGGUAAUAGUACCGUCAAAUAAGCCAAGGAAACGGAAAGUGAAAUUAAUGGACUGGAAGAGGUAUCAUAGGUUAAAUGUAAUAUACGCUUUCAUAGAUGAACUAGAAAGAGAUUACCCCGCAAUUUGUACAGUGAGUGUCAUCGGCAAAUCUGUCGAAGGACGAGACAUUAAGAUGCUAAAAAUAUCGAAUAGUGAUGCGAACAACUCAGCAGUAUGGUUGGACGCAUCGAUACACUCUCGCGAGUGGAUCAGCACGGCCGUGGUCACUUACAUAGCUGACGUACUGGUCAAGAAUUUCCAGAAACUAUCGCCUUCUGUUACUAAUAAGGACUGGCAUAUAGUUCCCGUGCUGAAUCCUGAUGGCUACGAAUACUCUCACACUAAAGACAGAAUGUGGAGGAAAAACAGGGCGGUGUACGAGGGUCAUUGCACGGGCGUCGAUCUCAACAGAAACUUCAGUUGUGGCUGGGGCAACAACGGCGAGCAGGGCUCUUCAGAAGAACCUAGCAACAUCUUCUACCGUGGACCUGUUCCAUUCUCAGAGCCAGAAACUGUAGCAGUUAGGGACACAAUCCUCGGGUCAACGACACCGUUCAGCGUGUUCCUGUCAUUCCACAGCUACUUUGAGAUGAUCAUCUUCCCGUGGGGCUACAAGAAGGACGCGUGUCCCGACUACCUCCGUCUACUGGAAGGUGCAGCUGUGAUGGCCAGGGCAAUUUAUGAUACAACCGGGAUGACUUACAAGGUUGGAAGCACCAAAGAUAUGACAUACUAUGCUUGCGGUACGGCGACCGACUGGAGCUACGGUAUUGCCAAGAUACCUUUCUCAUACAUGAUCGAACUGAGAAGUAGAAAAUACAAGUUCAAACUACCUAAAGACAUGAUAAUGGACACGUGUGUAGAAAUAUGGAAUGCGGUUAAAAAUCUUAUGGAUUACGUCGAUCGAGUGAAAAGUUAA